UCAUAUUCAAGUAGGCUCAGGAGUGAAUGUCUGUCUAGAGCUGCAAGAAACAACAGAGGGGUCUCAAUUAAUGUUUGAGGUGGAGAUGUCUUUUUCCAAUUUUAAUGGAAAUUAUCAUGACCAUCGCGGACAGGUGCAAAAUGAGGCUGACAGUGAAACCAAUGUCCAAGGAUCCGGAGACUCGCCAUCAAACGCUCUUUUGACGGAAACUUGGGAAACGAGUGAUGAGAUAAAGUCCGAGAGCAAAUAUGCGAAGGAGCAUAUUUUCGGACGAAAUGGAAGUGAUGUUUGUGGAAAACUCGGCGCUACAAUUAGAAGAGGAGUUACAUGUGACGUCUCUGAAUGCUCCGGUAGUGGAGAACUGGAAAAUCCCUGUGCAUCUGCAGAAGAGGAAAUGCGUAAAAACCAGUGGCAAUCACACAGGAACAAGUGUGCUAAAAUUAGGCCAGAUGAAGUUUAUAUCGAGGCGGAGAUGCCGCCAUUUUGUAUCCAACUGAAAGAAAUUCUAAAGGAAGACUCAGGAACAGCUCGAUUUAAAGGAUUAAGAGAUGUGAAAUUACAGAAGGUUGCUGAAAACAUAUUUUUUGGACGGGAACUUCCAAAGCCUGCAAGAGAAGGCCUUUUUAAAGUCGCGAUCGAAUCACGAAAUGGAGACUUCCUGGGGGAAACGGAAAUUUUGUACAAAGACGCAAAUGAAGAAAAAUGGAAAUCAGUUGUCAUUAACCAAGAUAGGAUGCGUGCGUUCUUAAAGGCUUUGAACCCAUGUCAAAGUAGGAGUGCUGAAAGGAGCACUUGUGACACUUUAAAUACAAUAUGCGCCGGGCCUUUUAGUGAACAGAAGGCAUCAUUAUCCAUUCAGCUGCUGCUGCGGCUGCUUUACAAAGCAGCAGAAGUUAAUGCUAAAUGGUUUAUCCAUCUUAUUUUUACCUUGCCUGCUGGAAGAAUAGCCUUUGAGUCGUACAAAGAAAUAGUUUUGUCACCGGAAAUUGUCGCUAGCGCACAUGGCCACGAAGAGAUUGCGCAGUACCUCGGGGAUGUGAGAGAAAGAUUUUCUGUCAGUGAGGAAGGGCGAGAAGGGCGGUCAAACAAUAUUGACUGGCAAGAAAUAAUGGACGCUAUGGAAGCAACAGAGACUGCAAUUAACAUUGAUGAUCAAACCAGUGAAAUCGAAAUGGAGGAAAAUAGCGCUGUUCAAGAUGACGCUAUAGAUAGGCCCGGAAAGUAUCACCUGAAGGAAAGAUUAGAGAACACAUGGAAAGAUGCCAGUAAUAUAGAGGAAGAGGAGAGCGAUUUGGCUCAAGAGAUCGCCACUUUCGGGAAAUUUAACAUUUAGUUGAAGAACAUUGCCAGAACUUGAAUCAACAACAGAACAACUCGUACCCUGCCCUUGGCAAGUUUUCGCUUUGUGUACAGCAAAUUAGGUUCCAGAUCAGCAAGCAAACUGUCCUUCCCUUGACUGAUGUAUUCCUUGACUCUUAAAAAGCAAUGGGAAUAAAAAGAGAAACAGUUUAAAUGCA